CAACACGAGGGCGCGGUGACACGAACAGCUACGGAACAACGAAAACGGUGCGCGACCGUUGCGAACGGGGUGAAGUUCCCGGCGGACACGAGACCGCGAACCAGAGCACGGAUUGGAAAUCGAUCCUCCUAGGUCCUGCCACGGUCGACCAUGGACGGUCGUUGGACGCGGGACCAGGACCGCCUGUACGAAUACCUGCUGGACAGCGGCGUGCUGAAUGACGUGCACACGCUGGCCGAGUCGGCGGUCAGCACCGCGUCGUCGACCGGGCUGCUGCGGGCCGAUGACGGGGCCGAUGACGGCGACGAGGACGCGCGACAAAUCGCGGACCGGUUGCUGGACCGGAACGCGGACGACUUCGAGCGGGCGUUGGACGCGGUGGUGCGCAACGCCCGGCUUGCCGUCGAACAUCAGCUGGUGGACUUCCGGUGGCCGCAGCUGACGGAGCUGACGGGUCCCGGGCGGCCGGCGGCCGUGCGCAAGACGUUGCGCAAUCUGAACGCGCUGGUCCGGUUGCCGUUCACGUGCGACACGUACGCGACCGCGUACUUCCGGAAACUCACCAAGGGGCUGGAGCAUGCCAUGUCGGUGGACGCGUUCUUCGAGCUGACGGCGCGCGUCUACGCGAAACUGGUGCACGCGGCGCCGGACUUCGAGAGCGCGGCCGAGAGCUUCAUGUCGCUGUGCGAGGCCACGCACCUGCGGUACCAGCGGCGUCGAGUCAAGUCCACUGAAGUCGGUGGCAAGUCGGUCGCAGCCGUAUGCCUGUUGGCCAGGUGCCUAUCAGUGGUGUGCAAGCGUGGCGCCGCUGCCGGUUCCAAGCACGUCAAGCCGUCCGUCAUCGAGUUCGUGGCCACUGUGGCCGGGUGCGGGGCGCACGACAACGGGGACACCCCGUACGCCGCACUGUGCCGCGCCCAGCCCACGGCUGAGUGGUUCGACCACGUGGCCAAGUACGGGUGCUCGCGGUCCGCGUACUUCGCUUGCCUGGACGGCGACCGGAAGCUGCUGAAGGCCGUCGUGUCCAGCCUCGUCGGUUGGAUGGCCGAGCCCCAGGUACCCGGCCGCGGCGAUGGAGGUGGCCACGACGCGGCCGUGGUCCGGUACGCGUGCGCUGUGCACGCCGCACAUCUGCUGGCCAAGAUGUUCCGGACCUGGUGUGCGCGGUGAUCGCGUUCCGCCCGGAAGUGAUUGACGCCGUGGCGGACGACGGCCACGCGCAAUGCGCGCACCGGUUGCGCAUACUGGCCGACUCAGUGCGGCGGCACGCGGUCGCGCUCGACUACCUGGCCGGCCGCGAGCGUCUGGUGGACGAGCUGUUCAGGAAGCGCAGGCGGCGGCGGGACGACGACGGCGGCAUGGAGUCGCUGGUAAGAGUCGCGGCCGCGCUCAGCGCUCGACACGAACACGUGUGGCAGCUGGUCACCAGGAGGAUGGCGUUCUUGGAGGCCGCGGUCGCAGGCCGACACCCGUGUCGGUCGCUGAUGGUCAACGUGCGUUGCACGCCCCUGGCCGCUAUCACCUACCAUCUGGAAGAACACGGAGGAACGCUGGACGAUGACGACGAAGACGACGAUCGCAUCGACUGGUCCGAUCCGCGGCAAAAGCUGAUGUUGACCGUGGCUUGCGCAACCGAACCGGGCAGGCACUGGCUCGACCGGACCGGAGCCCUUUGCUCGCUCAACGAUUUCCUGCAAGACCAUUUGGACCGCGCGGAAACCGCCUUAGAGGAACUGGACGUUUGCAAAUCUCUCGAUUCCAUCGUCGACAUGGCGUAUUCGUUCUGCGGCUCGUUCGAAGGACUGCAAAUGUUACUCGACGACGGCGUUGGUACUGAAACCGAAAAAGUGAAAUUGACCGAACUUUACUAUAUUUCGCACAAACAUUUCGACGGUCAUUCGAUCGCCAGAGACGUACUCGUCAUGCUGUGGCUGCGAUUAAUAGAGACCGCAACGCACACGUUCAGUUUACGCGUCUACGCGGAUUUGAAACUGAAGUACCAAGACACGCUGACGAAGUUGUACGACGAGAACCGCGCGGAAGACGUGGACGUGAUCAUCGUGGACGAAACGACCGAAUUGCUGACGCGGCUGCGAAGCCCUCCACCUUCGGCUUGCGGUGAUCGCGGGACCGCGUCGGAUCGCAACGGUCUGUCCGAGUUUUUGGCCGCCACCGACUGCCGCAGCGACGUAUGGCUGCCGAAGGCCCGCGCCACCGUGAUCCGUUGCGAUCGGAUAUCCGGACCGGAGAUGGUGGAUUUGAUAGUGUCCUUCGGUCGCCGCCGUUUCGAAGGCCAGCUCGAUCUGAGCACGUUCGAUCGUAGAUCGACGGACCUAACCGAGUUCGAAGCCACCGGGAUACGAUUAGCGCUGAGGUACGGAUCGAGCGUCGGGAUCGUGGCGGAAGAUUCGGCGUCCGAACUCGAACGUCUCUACGGCGGUGUCGAAAGACUGCAACGGUCGGGGUUAUUCGAUUGCAUGACGUGCACAUUGUUUAUGGCGUCCCAAGGAUCCGAAAACAAGUGCAUCGAGGCGUGCGCUGUUCUCCUCAAACUCGGCGAAACGACGCGUUUCGUUUGGCCGCCGGCCUUUGACGGCCACGACGCCGAUAGAACAGCCGCUUUCGGCCAUCUGGUCGAAGGUUUAUUGCAACAAGAACAACCGGAAGUGCACAACGCGUUUAAGAUGUCUGGCGUCUCUUGGUGGCUACUGUGUUCCGGUUGGGCGUCCGAUUGCUUUUGGGGUCGUUUAAGAUGGUCCGAGAUAUGCCGCUGGAUGUGCCUGCCUGUUCUGUUCUCCGUCGAUUACCAGGCGUUCUUUUUCACCUGCCUAGCCGCGGCUCGCAAACGCCAGUGGUUGGAGGCGUUCAACCAAGGCCGGUUUUGCGAAGUCGUACAUCGGAGCGAUUUUGGUGAUUUUCGACUGGUUGAUCAUGCCGAUUAUCUGGAGAAGUUGGCGAAGAAAUACCAACGGUCCAUAUCGAAAAAACUUGUUUCCGAAUUCGACGCGUGUUAAAAUCUUUACGCCAGCAAGCGUGUAUGAUAUGUGUGUAGGUUUCAAUUAUGUAACGAAAAAUGAUUCGUAACGGUCCGCGAGAAUCGACCUUAAUGUAAUAUAAAAGUUUUGCUAUUGACAUCGAAUAUGAAAUCAUAGUCGAAUUCGACGUGUUGGUUAGCGAAAAGUACCAUCAACUGUAGAUUCUUACACGUUCUGAGAGUAAAUAUUGAUCGACCCACACGUCAAGAUGUGUAUAUUUUAUAUAUUUAAAGAGUGUACAUCAAAUUAUCACAAUAGUGAUCUAAAAAUAUUUUCUAUAGCAAAAUGAAAUAUGUUAGUUCAACAAUAUGUGAGUGUAAUGUAAAUAUUCCAGUACGAACGGGAUCUAUACUAUCGCGAUAAAACGACGUGUCGUGACGAUAAUUUUCGUCUGUUGUCGUGACAUUAAAAUAUGAUGGUGAUCGUGAAGGUGAAAUAGUUCUGGCUACCGAUUAAUAUUAUGUAAAACCGUUGAUUAAGUAUACAUAAAUAGUCUACAGCAAUGAAACCGGUCAAAUAUCAAUGCGAUGUGUUAAUAGAUGGCGUAUAAUAUGACAAUCUGAAAAUUAAAGUUAAGAUCUAACGUAUAGGGAAUACAUUUAUGCACGAGAGGUUUUAUCGCCGAUCGGCUGUCGUAUAAAAAAUGUUUGAGUAAAAGAAAUAAUAAUAUUUUACAAACGAUAACAAAUCCUUUGAGUAAUAGAAAUAAUAAUAUUUUACAAACGAUAACAAAUCCUUUUGUUGUUUGAUUUCUCGUUUUUCAAUAAUCUGUAAUUUCGGUUGCAAUGUUGUACAUUUUUACGAUGUAAUCAACGGAAUACUAAUGUUAUUUGAAUUUGAAUUAAACACGGCUCAAUUAAUCAGUAAAAUCGUCACAUGUUGUGGUUCUCAAACGUAUCGUGUUUUAUUUUUUAGAUUAAGUCGAUAUCAUUAUAAAAAUUGAAAAAUGUAUUUUUAAUAAACAAUUAAUUAUUAUUUGUUGGCCUUGUAUACUUACAAUUCUGUUAUGAAAUGCGUUGACUA